AUGGCCAACAAGGUGGCUUGCAAGAGCACGCCAGCCAUGGGUGGCCUGAAGAAGCCGCACCACUACCGGCCAGACACCCUGGCUCUACGUGAAAUUGGCCAGCUAGCAUUCCAGUGGCUGGUGUGCAAGAUUGCACAGGACUUUAAGACCAAACUGCGCUCCCAGAGCCUGGAUGUUAUGGUGCUGCAGGAGGCCUGCAAGGCCUACCUGGUGGGGGUCUUCGAGGACACCAACCUCUGCGCAUUCCCCACCAAGCGCAUCACCAUUAUGCUCAAGGACAUCCAGCUGGCAUGCCUCAUCUGCAGAGAGAGAGCAUAA